GUAUUCUUCAAUUCCCUUUACCCAUGCAGUCAUAUAAGAACUUCAUUUGCAAUGUUUCAGCUCUCCAUGUAAACACAAAGCUUUGGAAGUGUAAUCAAUGGCUCAAAAUCUCAGUUCACAAGUAGCUUUCUUGUUCAUCUUCUUCACUAUUGCUUCAGGGCAAAAUACUUCCACAACUACAAAAACUUUCACCUUGUUUAACAACUGCAAAGGGACAAUAUGGCCUGGAAUAAUAACAAAAGAUGGCAGCAAUCGUGGGGAUGGUUUUGCCCUGAUGGCAGGCCAUACUGCCUCCUACAGUGCCCCAACUGGCUGGAGUGGCCGGAUAUGGGCUCGAACCGGCUGCAAUUUUGAUAACAAUGGUAAUGGAAAAUGCCAAACAGGCAGCUGUGGAGACUCUCUACAUUGUUCAGGCCCAAGUAGUCCACCCAACACAAUUGCAGAAUUUACCCUCGGAGAUACCGAUUUUUACGAUGUUAGCCUUGUGGAUGGUUUCAAUUUGCCUAUAGGAGUUUCACCACUCAACGGUAAAGGGAAUUGUAGCAUAGCUGGUUGUGAUGAAGAUCUUCGGAAUAAUUGCCCAGCGCAACUCUCCGUCAAGUCUGAGGGAAAGGUCAUUGCUUGCCGGAGCGCCUGCGAUGCAUUUAACACUGAUGAGUACUGCUGUAGAGGAGCAUAUAGCGAUCCUGUUGCAUGUGUAUCCUCAAAUUAUUCCAAAGUUUUUAAGCAAGCAUGCCCAGCAGCAUCUAGCUAUGCAUUUGAUAAGGAUUCAACAAGUAUCAUAACAUGUUCUGCAUCAGAUUAUGUUGUCAGCUUCUGUGCAUCAAGGAGUCAAACUUUCUGCACUUACCAUGACAAUAAGGUGGUAUGCAAUACAACAAAUGCCUCAAAAGCACUACUACCCCAUGGAUGGUGGAAUCUGAUGGUGACAUUGCCUUUGGCAUUUAUUUUGCAAAUCAAGAUUUAGCAGUAUCUGUAAUUCUGUAUACUGUGUGAUUCAUUUUUGAUCUGAAAAUUGGAGUUUCCCCAUAUAUGGCUUUUCACCAUAAGAACCUUUUCUUUCCUGCUCUCUUUUAUCUUUGUUUAAUAUUUGUAAUUUCAAAACUGCACAAGUGUCUUGGAACUUUGAAGUGAUAUAUUUUAUGUGGCUUGAAAUUUGUA